AUGGUUUAUCAAGAACGUAUUUAUAAAGAAAAUAUUUGCUUGUUUAAUAAAAGGCCAGUUAUAUUAGGUAUUGAUGAAGCAGGACGAGGACCUGUCCUUGGGCCUAUGGUCUUUGCUUGCUUCUACUAUCCAACUGAAAAUGAAAAGCUUCUCAAGUUAAUGAAUAUUGAUGAUUCUAAAAAGCUAACUGAAAACAGCCGUGAAAAAAUUAACAAGGAUAUACGAAAUAAUAAAAACCAAUUUGGAUGGGGAAUAUAUAUAUUAUUACCACAAUAUCUAAGCUGCCAAAUGUUGAAAAAACAAAAGUACAACUUAAAUGAAAUAUCUCAUACAGCUGCAAUAAAUUUAAUAAAAUCGGUUUUGCAGCAUGGAGUUAAUGUAACACACAUAUAUAUAGAUACAGUUGGACCACCAGAGAGUUAUAAGAAAAAACUAAAACUCUUGUUUCCUUCAAUAAAUAUUACGGUAACUCCAAAAGCUGAUUCUUUGUAUCCUUGUGUUAGUGGAGCAUCUAUACUUGCCAAAGUUGAAAGGGAUCACUUUUUAUCUAACUGGUGGUCAUUUCCAGGACACGAUAGAUAUGAUCAUAAUGGAAAUAACCUAAGUAUAUAUGAACAAGGAAGUGGAUAUCCAGGGGAUCCAAAAACUAAGCAAUUUCUUAAACAAAUUUUUCAUAAAGUAUUCGGUUUCCCAAAUAUUGUACGAUUCUCUUGGUCUACUGCUGAUCAAAUAAUUGAGAAAGAGGGGGUUAGGGUAAAGUGGACCCUAGAUGAGGAUAAUUCAGAACAAUCAAAAAUAUCUUUUUCAACUAAUAAAGGUAAGCUCUUCUCUCAGUAUGAAAUUUUUAAUAAUAAGGCUUAA